GAAACAGGAGAAUUAGUUAGCAAAACAGAGGGGAUACUUCCAUCAGUUGAGGAGGUUGCAGGAGACUCUCUGUGCAGGAGCAUUAUACACUUCAUACAUUUAGAAUUUUUAUUUCAUUCAUUCAAAGAAAAAGGUUACUUAAUUUAGAUUAUUUAUUUUGGAAGACUCCACAUUGGUAUUUGCAAUUUACCUGUGUACUCGGAAGUCUGCGGUUCCAGGGACGCAGUUGACUUGGAGAGCGAGAUAAACAUUUAUUAAUGAUUAUAGACAAAGCAUAACUUUUAAAGUUGCAUCAUGCCAUGUUACGUUUCAGUGUGUUUGUACAUUUGGCUGGGGUUGUUACCUGGCCGGACAAGUGCAACAGUGAUUGAGGACAUCGAAGUAUUGGUGAUGUUGCCAAAAAAUAACUCUUAUAUGUUCUCAAUAGCAAGAGUGGCCCCGGCAAUAGAGUAUGCAAAGCAGAGGUUGAAAAUCGGAGGCGGUGUGUAUUCCGGAUUUAACUUUAAUUUGCGCUAUGAGGAUUCUAACUGUGGCAAUGAUGCGCUCUUCUCCCUGGUGGACCGCUCCUGCGAAAAGAAGCCGGACUUGGUGCUCGGUCCGGUGUGUGAAUACGCCGCGGCGCCGGUGGUAAGGAUGGCAUCUCACUGGAACAUCCCGGUAAUAUCGACAGGUGCUCUGGCCAGCGGUUUUAGUGACAAGGAGAAAGAAUACUCUCACCUGACCCGAAUCUCCCCGUCUUACCUGAAAAUGGCAGAAACAUUCUCGGCGAUGUUCCGUCACUUCAACUGGAAAGACGCGCUGCUGAUCUUCGAUGACGACAAAGAGGAGAGAAAUUGUUACUUCACUCUGGAAGGAGUGCACCUCAAACUCAUGGAGGAAUAUCAGACCGUACACAUAGCGAUCAACACUAAAGAAGAGGGCCUGAACGCAGAUGACAUCAUCAACUACAUCUACGAGAGUGAAGUUGUUAUCAUGUGUGCGGGAGCAGACGUUGUCCGAGACAUCAUGCUAGCGGUUCACAGAAGGAGGCUCACCAACGGCAGCUACAUCUUCUUCAACAUCGAACUCUUCAACUCCUCAUCCUAUGGCAACGGCUCGUGGAAGCGAGGGGAUAGGUACGACAGUGAGGCGCGACAGGCGUACUCUGCCCUCAACACGGUCACGCUGCUCCGGACGGUCAAACCAGAGUUUGACAACUUCUCCUUGGAAGUCAAGAGAUCAAUUCAGAAAGCUGGACUACCGGACUGUGACGACUGUGACAAUAUCAACAUGUUUGUGGAAGGGUUCCAUGAUGCAUUGCUGCUGUACGCCCUGGCUUUGCACGAAGCCAUCAGGAACGGCCUCACCAAGAAGGACGGAGCAGGGAUCACCUAUCGUAUGUGGAACAGAACAUUUGAAGGCAUCGCAGGUCAGGUGUCUAUGGACUUCAAUGGAGACAGAUACGGAGACUUCUCUGUGAUGAGCAUGACCAACACCGAGGCAGGCACCUAUGAGACGGUGUGUAACUACUUUGGUGUGAACGAGAGUUUCCAGAUGCUUCCGGUGUUCAACCCUGAACUCUUCACACUGAAAGGACGGCACAGAGUGCACCACACUGACCUGCCAGACAAAUCAUGUGGACUAGGAGUAUCUGCUGUUACUGGGAUCGUAGUGGGAGCUCUGCUGGGGACUGCACUGCUCAUAGCCUUCUACUUCAUCAGGAAGAACUACACUAUAACCAUUGAGAGACGCGCCACCAGAGAGGAACCUGACGUCGGGAAACAUCGUCAGUUACGAGAAGAUUCUGUCAGAUCUACCUUCUCGGCGGCUUAGAGCAUCAUUCUGUCUGUGGCUCCUGACGUUUCCGUUCCAGCGAAGCGUCAUGGGAAUGUGACCAAAGACUCGACUGCUGUCAGAGUACUCAUGCUAUUUAAAGAAAGACAUGUCAUUGUUUUGUGUUUUUUAUUUUUUGGUGUUUUAACGUUUUUGAAAUUUCAUUUUUCUCAGGAAAGUUAGCCGUCACAAAGCACCACUUGCAUCUCGUCUCUGUAGAAGGAUAUAGGUGUGUCUUCUCCCCUUAAGAGGGCCAGCACGGAAGCAUUUAUAGUCUCUGCAAAUUGCUUUUAGUAAUUAUCAAGACCUUAGUAGUAUAACACUGCAUAGUUGUUAAUGUACAGGAUCGUGGGUGUGAAUGUAUUCAGAUAAUGGACGCUCUUGUGUCAUGAGAAAAGGUUUUGGCCUGUUUGUCAGAAAAAAGCAUUUGCUCUCCACCCUGCUGUGUUUUAGUCAAACCUGAGAGGACUGGUUUUGGUCAGAACAGAGGUAACUAGAAUAACAGUGAAGACAUCAAAACUAUGAAAUAACACAUAUGGAAUCAUGAAGUAAACAAAAAAGUGUUAAACAAAUGAAAAUAUAUUUUAUAUUUGAGAUUCUUCAAAGUAUCCACCCUUUGCCUUGAUGACAGCUUUGCACACUAUUCUCUCAACCAACUUCACCUGGAAAUCUUUUCCAGCAUGCGAGUUCCCACAUAUCCUGAGCACAUGUUGGCUGCUUUUCCUUCACUCUGCGGUCCAACUCAUCCCAAACCAUCUCAAUUGGGUUGAGGUCGGGUGAUUAUGGAGGCCAGGUCAUCUGAUGCAGCACUCCGUUUCUCUUCUUCUUGGUCAAAUGGCCCUUAUACAGCCUGGAGGUGUGCUGGGUCAUUGUCCUGUUGAAAAACAAAUGAUAGUCCCACUAAUCACAAACCAGAUGGGAUGGCGUGUCACUACAGAAUGCUGUGGUACCAUGCUGGUUAAGUGUGCCUUAAAUUAUAAAUAAAUCACUGACAGUGUCACGAAAAAAGCACCCCCACACCAUAACACCUCCUCCUCCAUGCUUCACGGUGGGAACCACACAUGCGGAGAUCAUCCGUUCACUUGUUUAUUGGCCCAAGUAAGUCUGUUCUUGUUAUUGGUGUCCUUUAGUAGUCGUUUCUUUGCAGAUAUUCGACCAUGAAUGUCACAACUUCCGCCGAAGUCGGGUCCUCUCCUUGUUCGGGCAGCGCUCGGCGUCGUCGGUGUUCUCGCCAUCAUCAAUCCACUUUUCACUUUCCAUGUGUUUUGUCUUGUUUUUCCUCACACCUGGUUUCAAUUCCCUCAAUUACUUGUUGUGUAUUUAACCCUCUGUUCCCCCCAUGUCUUUGUGUGGGAUUGUUUAUUGUAGUGCUUGUGCACGUUCCCCGUGAGUGCACGACGGGUUAUUUUUGUGCCCAUUUAUCUUGUUGUUCUGGAUGCCGUUGGUUUUGCUUAAUAAAUCUCCAGGUAUCACCCAGUUCUGCUCUCCUGCGCCUGACUUCUCUGCUGCCAAUUACGCACCCGCUACAAUUAAGGCCUAAUUCACGCAGUCUUCUCUGAUCAGUUGAUGUUGAGAUGUGUCUGUUACUUGAACUCUGUGAAGCAUUUAUUUUGGCUGCAAUAUCUGAGGCUGGUAACUCUAAUGAACUUAUCCUCUGCAGCAGAGGUAACUCUGGGUCUUCUUUUCCUAUGGCAGUCCUCAUGAGAGACAGUUUCAUCAUAGUGCUUGAUGGUUUUUGCGACUGAACUUGAAGAAACUUUCAAAGUUCUUCACAUUUUCCGUAUUGACUGACCUUUAUGUCUUAAAGUAAUGAUGGACUGUUGUUUCUCUUUGCUUAUUUGAGCUGUUCAUGCCAUAAUAUGGACUUGGUCUUUUACAAAAUAUGGCUAUCUUCUGUAUGCCACCCCUACCUUGUCACAACAUGUAACGGCGUUCUUCUUUUGUUGAAUGAAAGUCGGACCGAAAUGCAGCGUGUAAGUUACUCAUGUUUAUUAGAGAAGACAAAUGAACGAACUAUACACGAAUAACUAAAUAAAUACAAAAACAACAAACAGAACGAAACCUAAUACAGCCUGACUGGUGCACACUACACAGAGACAGGAACAAUCACCCACGAAAUGCAAAGCAAAACCAGGCUACCUAAAUACGGUUCCCAAUCAGAGACAACGAGAAUCACCUGACUCUGAUUGAGAACCGCCUCAGGCAGCCAACCUAUUUAACACACACACACCCCUAAUCAGCUACAAUCCCAGACACUACAAACCCCAAUACGAAAAUACAAUACAUAAUAAACCCAUGUCACACCCUGGUCUGACUAACUAAUAAACAAAAACACAAAAUACUAAGACCAAGGCGUGACACAACACAACUGAUCGUCUCAAAGCCGCUAAGGAAAAUAAAUUCCACAAAUUAACUUUUAGCACGGCACACGUGUUAAUUAAAAUGCAUUCCAGGUGACUACCUCAUGAAGCUGGUUGAGAAAAUACCAACAGUGUGCAAAGCUGUCAUCAAGGCAAAAAGGUGGCUACUUUGAAGAAUCUCAAAUAUUUUUUUAUUUGUUUCACACUUUUCUGGUUACUACGCGAUUCCAUAUUUCCAUGUUUCAUAGUUUAUGUCUUCACUAUUAUUCUACAAUGUAGAAAGUUGUAAAAAAAUAUAGAAAAACCCUUGAAUGAGUAGGUGUGUCCAACAUUUUGACUGAUACUGUGCACAACAUAUAAACACAACAUGUAAAGUGUUGGUCCCAUGUU